ACAUAUCGUCGGUUAAAGUACAAAACCGUGUAUAUUUUUUCUAAGUGUCUUUGAACUGGGUUCUAAUACCCUUGAAACUGAGCCAUUGCCAAUGGAAUACAUAUAAACUUCUUUACUUGAGACUUAUAAUCCGCUUUAAGCCACUCUUUAAAAACUUUCCCAUUAUGCAUAUUAACAAAAAAAAAACUAUUUUCGUUUAAAACUUGACCCAGUUUCAGAACAACUACUACACUUGAACUUCUUGGCCGAAGUCACCGACCAAAUAUUCCAUAGAAAACGCGUAAGACAACCUUGCAGACUCGACAGAAAAAUGUAAACUACUGGAAAAAAUAUGCUUAGUACAACCGAAUACAAAAUACUGCUAUUACAAAUUAAACCAAAGACAUACAAGAUAUUUAAACAGCGGAGUACACUAUGGGAUGAGCAUAAUUUUGAAACACUGGGAGCAAAGAGGUGCAAACAGCGUAAUGGUAUUUUUAAGGAGCCUAGGUGUGACAACACUAAGUUUAUUAGCACUAGCAUUCGCGAUUUCCAGUUUAAGUCAGGAUGUGGAAGCAGGCACUAUGAAAAUUGCAUACAAGAAACCGAUCUUUGGCAAAGCAAAUCUGUUUAAGGAUAGGCGCUACAAGUUAAAGCCGGACUUUAGCAGGAAAGUGCCCAUCUUUGCAGCCGCCGGGACAAGUACCAACACAAGCUCCGCUACCAGCACCACGACCACCACUAGCACCAUUCCCACAAUGGCACAGGCCCCAGCGCCCACAGAACCCACAAUGGAAGAAACAACAACGCCAAUACCAACAGAGAUUGAUUUGAUCGCACACGAGACAAUUAUAGACAGAAGCAUUGACAGUAUUGGCAAAGAGGCGUCCAUUAGAGUACACGAUACAGAACCGGCUUUUAUGGAUAAACGACUGGAGGACGAAACUGAAGCACAUUUGCCUUAUAUGGUGAUAAACAGAAUGGGUUCAUCAGCAGCAGAUGUAGAUUUAUUGCCCCAUGUAGAGCCAGUCGUGAAUAACACAUUGGAAGCACAGCAGCAAUUAUGCAAGCAGCAAGGCCUAUGCGAUUUCGCCGAUGAUGCUGAAGCACACAGCAGCACCCAUGUUGUCACUCAUGUAGAGGCAAAUGACGAAAUUGAAGAACUCUUCCCAAUGCCAACACCAGAGUUACUAAUUGCACCCCGUUUACAAGGCACUCGCAGCUCGCCAACGAAAUCCAGUAAGAGGACUACAUCAACAACAACCGAAAGUGGCCGCCCCGUGCCAUGUACUUGCGGCGUCUUCCUUACAUCACAAAUUAAGCGGAACUCAAAAGAACAACCAGAGGGUGCACCAGUGAUAACCAACGAGUUAGACCGCACCUUUCCUUGUAAUGCCGUAGGUCAGAAACAAUGUCAAACCAAGUGCCUUGAAUCUAUAGUGCAGCAUUUGCCCAAUUCGGCUAAUAUAUUGUGCGCAACCCUGAAUCGUGACUGCCGAAAAGAGCGCGCCUAUCUCUUCAUCAAGAACUGUCGAAAUCAGUGGUUCAAUACAAAUUUAGCGGCUGGAAAAGAGUACUGCUGCCGCAAUAACCAACCAUAUCCUUGUCCACUUGUUUGAAAUGUUGAAAUUAUGAAUAAAGAAAUAUGCUUAGAAUCUAUGUAAUUUAUAAUUGUGUUUUAUUACGUAAGACAUAAGAGGCUUUUUCGUAAGCUAUUUUUUAAUAUGAUUAAAAUAAUACAUGUAUAUAAGUACAAUAACAAUACAUAAAUAUGAGAAUGAUCAAAAACUGAGAACAUUUACCGUAAAUGGGAUAAAAGUACAAGUAAACGUGAACGAACAUAAAAGUAUGUACUAAUAAGCUAGCUUAGUAUUGAAAAUGUACUUAUUUUGUUGAUUUCUCUUUUUUUUAUGUAUUUUGCUUAAUAGUUUGCUCAUAUAUUCAAAGUAUUUGUAUUUUUUUUUUUUAAUUUGCCCAAAAUAUACAUAGAUAAGGAAAAUAAUAUUUCUGUUAUAUAAUUGUUUUUGGCUAAAGAGGUUUACAGCUUAAUGUAAUUAUUGUUGUUGUUUACCAUAGCGAGAGCAAUCACAUUGUAGGUGACUGGAGGAGGAGCAUUAGUUGCAUUGGGCCUUAAAUAACUAAAAAAUGUGUACAUAUGUAUUUAACGAUGCAGUAAAUGCCGACAUGCGAAAUGUAGAGAUUAAGAGCUAUAGAAAAACCUUAAUUAAAAUAUUAAAUGAAAAUAAUAUGAAUGAAAAUAAUAUGAA